AUGACGACCAACUGCUCUGUCAGUCCCGAAGCCGCCUCCAUAACUUCCUCGGCAGACGUCGAUUAUAUUGAUCUGGCCAGGAUGAAUUCGACAACGACCACCGUCGUUGCCAACUCUCUUGCUAACUCUAUUUGCUCCAGCGAUUCAAGUCUUCGAAAUCGGCCUCCACUUCAGCAGCAGCGAGCCCAACUGGCGAUAGCAGCGACUUCUGCAUUUCAUUCGCCUCGCACCUCCUCGGCCUCCCCUUCUCUUCCUUUAUCGCAAGAGACUUGUGCUUUUGCAGAACUCGAGUCCUGUACCCAACACUGCCAGAUAAAAUCAGUUUCGCGACCCAUCUCGGUGGAUUUAGUUGGAGAUCCCGACCUAGCUCUC